AAUUAGUUUAGUGAUCACGUGAAUCAGUCAUGGAAGGCCACAUUGAAUAUUGUCGUUAUGGUAAGAGAGAAGGCUUUAAUAAACCGUGUUAUGGCCCUCUCCUUCUCCACAGAGUCACACUCACACACAGAGAGAAACAAUAUGAGCAAUCAUCAUACUUUUGAGAAGCAGGUUUUCAAGCAACUUGAGCCAUGGUGUGAACUUAAAGACAAAGUGGUUCUUGUGACAGGAGCUUCCUCUGGUAUAGGAAGAGAGAUUUGUCUUGAUUUGGGCAAAGCUGGCUGCAAGAUUAUCGCAGCAGCUCGUCGUAUCGAUCGCCUUAACUCUCUCUGCUCUGAAAUCAACAGCUUCGGUUCGACCGGAAUCCAAGCCGCAGCUCUCGAGCUAGACGUUACAUCGGACGAAGCCACCAUUCAAAAGGCGGUUAAGGAAGCUUGGGAAGUCUUUGGGAAGAUCGACGCUUUGAUCAACAACGCCGGAAUAAGAGGCACUGUCAAGUCGAGUUUAGAUUUGUCUAAGGAAGAGUGGGACAAAGUGUUCAGUACCAACUUAACCGGACCAUGGCUAGUCUCCAAAUACGUCUGCGUUUUAAUGCGCGACGCUAAACGCGGUGGUGGCUCGGUGAUAAACAUCUCAUCAAUCUCCGGGCUCUACCGCUAUUUAGUGCCAGGUGCAAUCGCUUAUGCUUGUUCCAAAGGCGGCGUAGACACCAUGACGAGGAUGAUGGCUAUUGAGUUAGGUGCUUACAAUAUAAGAGUGAACACGGUCGCACCGGGGCUUUUCAAGUCGGAGAUCACACAAGGUCUUAUGAAGAAAGAGUGGCUCAAGAACGUGAUCGAGAGGACUGUCCCAUUGAAGAUUCAGCAGACCGUGGAUCCAGGGCUUACCUCUCUCGUACGCUACCUCAUUCACGACUCUUCUCAAUAUGUCUCCGGCAAUACAUACAUUGUUGAUUCCGGAAUUUACGUACGGAUGAUACUUUUGUUUGUCUUGGUCCUCACCGGAGAGAAGCAGGUGUUGAAGCAACUUGAGCCAUGGUGUGAACUUAAAGACAAAGUGAGGGCCACGUUGAAUAUUGUCGUUAUCGUAAGAGAGAAGGCUUUCAUAAACCGUGUUAUGGCCCUCUCCUUCUCCACAGAGUCACACUCACACACAGAGAGAAACAAUAUGAGCAAUCAUCAAACUGUGUUGAAGCAACUUGAGCCAUGGAGUGAACUUAAAGACAAAGUGGUUCUUGUGACAGGAGCUUCCUCUGGUAUAGGAAGAGAGAUCUGUCUUGAUUUGGGCAAAGCUGGCUGCAAGAUUAUCGCAGCAGCUCGUCGUGUCGAUCGCCUUAACUCUCUCUGCUCUGAAAUCAACAGCUUCGGUUCGACCGGAAUCCAAGCCGCAGCUCUCGAGCUAGACGUUACAUCGGACGAAGCCACCAUUCAAGAAGCGGUUAAGGAAGCUUGGGAAGUCUUUGGGAAGAUCGAUGUGUUGAUCAACAACGCCGGAAUAAGAGGCACUGUCAAGUCGAGUUUGGAUUUGUCUAAGGAAGAGUGGGACAAAGUGUUCAGUACCAACUUAACCGGACCAUGGCUAGUCUCCAAACACGUCUGCGUUCUAAUGCGCGACGCUAAACGCGGUGGUGGCUCGGUGAUAAACAUCGCAUCAAUCUCCGGUGUCCAGGGAUAUGUAAUGCCUGGUGGAGUCGCCUAUACUUGCUCCAAAGGCGGUGUAGACCCCAUGACGAGGAUGAUGGCUAUUGAGUUAGGUGUUUACAAUAUAAGAGUGAACACGAUCGCACCGGGGCUUUUCAAGUCAGAGAUCACACAAGGUCUUAUGGAGAAAGAGUGGUUCAAGAAGGCCAUCGAGCGGAUUGUCCCAUUGAAGAUUCAGCAGACCGUGGAUCCGGGGCUUACUUCUCUCGUACGCUACCUCAUUCACGACUCUUCUCAGUAUUUGUCGGGCAAUACAUACAUCGUUGAUUCUGGAACUACACUGCCCUGUCUGCCUAUCUUUUCUUCUCUCUGAACUCCUAAAUCCUGUGUGUUGUGAGCAAUAAUAAGGGAGAAAAUUUACACAUUCUCCACAUACGUUUUAAGAACUACUUAAUCGUGGUUGCA